AUGGUAAUUCAUAUAAUAAUAGGCGGAGAAUCCCAGUGCGAUAUAUUCGCGCAAAUUUGUUUAAUUGCAGAUUAUCUUUGUCAAAACCUUCCUAAUUUCUGUUAUGAACGUAUUGAGAAGUCUGUAGUAGAUUGGCAGACAUGGUUAUGUCGAGUAAACGUGAAGAACAACUGGCACCACGUUGGUUCUCCAAUAAUAUGGAAAGAGUUAUUGAUGAAAGGCAGUAAACCGUACUACAUAGGCGGUGCUCCAGAAUUUUUAGAAUAUUGUCAUUCAUAUUACAAUUUUGACGUAUUUAUGGGUAUGGAAAAAUAUCAAGGUCUUGUUAAAAACUACGCUCAAUUUAAAAGAAAACUUAAACAGGAAGAAAUUGAUACAACUGUACCUUUCGAACCUUCAGUUUCAUCUGACCCUGCAGAUAAAACGCAUUACGUAGUGUGUAUAACUGGCGCGUCCUGUCCACUUGCUAAUCAUUUGGUAUCUCGCCUCUUGGACAUGAGUACCGGUACAAGAUGCAUAUCAAAAAUUUUCCUGUAUGACGAAGAUUGUUCCCCGGAAUUCUUGGAAAGUAUUGAAACAGAGUGUAGUUACAUUGGUACGAACUUCCCAGGGAGAGUUGUUAAAUAUGUUGACAAAAUUGGCAAUGCAUUGACGAUUACGGAUGUGCUAAUAGUGUUGGACCAUGAGCCAUUUGACCCCAACAAAAGCAUAGGCGAAUGGUUGCACGCAAAUAUGCGUUUGAUGCAAGGUCUUGCUAUAAUGAUAAACGCGUCUGCCUCACGUUCUAUUUACAUCGUAUUCGCCAACCUGGGGCCAGCGUGUUUCAAUGCGACUGUUUUGAUGCAUUCUGUGACAGUGAAUGUCAGGAAUAUUGUGGUCGCGACUACUGAUCUUGGAUUGGAAAUUGUCAGUACUCUUUCGGAGAAAGCCUCAGUGCCUGUGAGACAAGUGUUUUGUCCACCAGUGUGGGGUUUUGUGGGUGUAAACCACUUGGUUGAUUAUCGUACUACCGUUCAUAAAUACAAUACGUUCGAACCAUAUAACAGAUACACCAAAGUCACACACUCCACUUUGAAUAUCGGACGUGUGACUCCAGAAAUGCGUACCAUGGAGUAUCUUUUUCAUUUUGAUGACUCCAUAUGGUUAUCAGUGGCGGAAAAAAAGAAACAUGUGCCACCUAACAGUUUGUAUUUAAAUAAAGUGGUCUCUCUAUUGAAUCUUAUUAGAGUAUGGAUUGUGGAGCCAAGCCCUCCUGAUUAUGUUGUAAACCUGGGCGUUCUUUGUGAUGGUUCUUUUGGCUUGACGUUUAAUGGUGCAUUUUCUCAACCAUGUCGAUUAUACGGCAGGGAAUGGAGACCCGCUAAAGAAUUUUAUAUGCCUAGAGAUCUUCAAGUCAAGUUACCAUAUUUGGAACAAAUGGCAGAAAUAGUAAUGAAAUUUCAUAAAAAGGAGUUACCGCCCUUAGAACAAUACUACCCCUGCGCAUGUAGAAGAAAAUAUUAUAAAAAGAAAGAAGUUUGGUAGAUUUAUUAAAUGUAAUGUCUAUAAAGGUUCGCCCAUUCAUAAAUCGAUU